UCUGCGGGCUUGUGUGCUGUGUUCGCUGGUCAAGACUAUAGACCAGUUUGAGUAUGACGGUUGUGACAAUUGUGAUGCCUACCUACAGAUGAAGGGUAACCGAGAGAUGGUAUAUGACUGCACCAGCUCUUCUUUCGAUGGAAUCAUUGCGAUGAUGAGUCCAGAAGACAGUUGGGUCUCUAAGUGGCAGCGAGUGAGUAACUUUAAGCCAGGUGUAUAUGCGGUAUCAGUCACUGGUCGCCUACCCCAAGGAAUUGUGCGGGAGCUGAAAAGUCGAGGAGUUGCCUACAAAUCCAGAGACACAGCUAUAAAGACCUAGCAAGAUACAGGGUCACCAGCGUCUUUGCUCUCCACCUCAUCCUGCCUCUGCUUGUAUUUUGUUGUGGAACUAAACAGGCAGAGCUUCAGAUACUUCCCACCCUCCCACUCUGAGACUCAGCAGACUGUUGGGAGGACACUUCAUGACCCUGGACCCUUUUACCUUCUUUGGACUACUGAUGGGUGGGAGGGAUUUGGGUUGUGGAUUAACAGAGAUUGCAUUUGAGGGGAGAGUAGGAUGCUGAUUUUCCUACCCAUGGCCCAGGGCUGUGCCCCCCUUACCCAUGGCAAGACUCUGGGUCAAACACUAAUAAACAUUAACCCCUAGAACAUUCUUUUUCCUUUUCCUUAGCUAGAACUGUAAGCACCUUCCCAGAGCAGCAGGGGCUCUUUUGCUCCUUGUGCCUGUCUCUGAGCCUCAGGGUUGCAGCCUUUCUAGCUUACUUUCUUGGACCUUGUAGGAAGGUCUGCUGUCCUGAGGCCAGGUAACCCCAUUAGGUGGGAAUCCAGUGCCUAAUGGUUGCACCCCCUCUGCCGCCUUACCUGGCACAGUGGUGUCCCUUGAAGAGAUCCUGAGACAUCUUAGUCCUUUGCCCCUUGACCAUAUUUAAUACUUUUUUCCUUCCUCAUCUUACUCUUUUUUUAUUGCUUUCCCUAUACCUGAGGCCAGUUCCACUCACCCACAUUUCAUAUCCCCCUAACUGAAGACUCUCAGGCCUUAGAUGGUCACUAAGGCUUUUCUGGCUUGUUUGUACCUCUGUAGGAGGUGGGCCCUUUGUUUUCUCCUCUGGCCUAAUAAGAGGCUUUGGGUCAUGUAUAUAUCAUGUUAUUGGCCAAGGUGAAUUCUUUCAGAAUGAAAAAUUCACUAGAAGUUUUCAUUUUAAGUUUCUACAGAAAUGAAUAUCCCCGUUUGAAUUUCCAUAAGUUUCUUGUUCUCUGUGAAACAGUGAUUACAGUCUGCCUAUUUAUCCCAAGAUUGUUAUGAUUAUGGAAAUGAAACAACAUGAAUAUUCUGACUUAUGUCUUAUAAAAGGUAAAAUGCA